GAAGACCGUCCCAGAUGGCCUCGGGGCGGCCUGUGCGUGGAGCUGAUCUCUGGGGCUGCUAGCCUUCCGGCGCUCUCUGGUCGCCUUAUGCUGCGGGCUGCGGCCGCCUGCCUCCGCUGGGAUUGGCGGCGCUGAAGCGCCGGGGCAGCGUGCGACAUGUCUUCGGGCCUCCGCGCUGUCGACUUCCCCCGCUGGAAGCGCCACAUUGCGGAGGAGCUGAGGCGCCGGGACCGGCUGCAGAGGCAGUCGUUCGAGGAGAUCAUCCUGCAAUAUAACAAGUUGCUGGAAAAGUCGGAUCUUCAUUCAGUGUUGGCCCAGAAACUACAAGCUGAAAAGCAUGAUAUACCAAACAGGCAUGAAAUAAGUCCUGGACAUGAUGGCACAUGGAAUGACAGUCAACUACAAGAAAUGGCUCAGCUGAGGAUUAAACACCAGGAAGAACUGACUGAAUUGCACAAGAAACGUGGGGAGUUAGCUCAGUUGGUGAUUGACCUGAACAACCAAAUGCAGCAGAAGGACAGGGAGAUGCAGAUGAAUGAAGCAAAAAUUGCAGAAUGUUUGCAGACUAUCUCUGACUUGGAGACAGAGUGCUUGGACCUACGCAGCAAGCUUCAAGACCUUGAGGUAGCCAACCAGACCCUGAAGGACGAAUACGAUGCCCUGCAGAUCACUUUUACUGCGUUGGAGGAGAAACUGAGGAAAACUACUGAAGAAAACCAGGAGCUGGUCACCAGAUGGAUGGCCGAGAAAGCCCAGGAAGCCAACCGCCUCAAUGCAGAGAACGAAAAGGACUCCAGGAGACGGCAAGCCCGGCUGCAGAAAGAGCUUGCUGAAGCAGCAAAGGAACCACUGCCAGUUGAACAGGAUGAUGACAUUGAAGUCAUUGUGGAUGAGACCUCAGAGCACACAGAGGAGACCUCGCCUGUGCGAGCUAUCAGCAGAGCAGCCACUAAGCGACUCUCGCAGCCUGCUGGAGGCCUUCUGGAUUCUAUCACUAAUAUCUUUGGUCUGUCCGAGUCUCCCCUUUUGGGGCACCAUUCUUCUUCUGAUGCUGCCAGGAGACGCUCUGUCUCUUCCUUUCCAGUCCCCCAGGAUAAUGUGGAUACUCAUCCUGCUUCUGGUAAAGAUGUGAGGGUACCAACUACUGCCUUAUGUGUCUUUGAUGCACAUGAUGGAGAAGUUAAUGCUGUACAAUUCAGUCCAGGUUCCCGGUUACUGGCCACAGGAGGCAUGGACCGCAGGGUUAAGUUAUGGGAAGCAUUUGGAGACAAAUGUGAGUUCAAGGGCUCCCUGUCUGGUAGUAAUGCUGGAAUUACAAGCAUUGAAUUUGAUAGUGCUGGGGCUUACCUCUUAGCAGCUUCAAAUGAUUUUGCAAGCCGAAUCUGGACUGUGGAUGAUUAUCGAUUACGGCACACGCUCACAGGACAUAGUGGGAAAGUGCUCUCUGCUAAGUUCCUGCUGGACAAUGCACGGAUCGUCUCAGGAAGUCAUGACCGGACGCUCAAACUCUGGGACCUUCGCAGCAAAGUCUGCAUAAAGACAGUGUUUGCAGGAUCCAGUUGCAAUGAUAUUGUCUGCACAGAGCAGUGCGUAAUGAGUGGACAUUUUGACAAGAAAAUUCGUUUCUGGGAUAUCCGGUCAGAGAGUGUGGUUCGAGAAAUGGAGCUAUUGGGGAAGAUCACUGCCUUGGAUCUAAACCCAGAAAGGACUGAACUUCUGAGCUGUUCCCGUGAUGACCUGUUGAAAGUCAUUGAUCUGCGGACAAAUGCCAUCAAGCAGACGUUCAGUGCACCUGGAUUCAAGUGCGGCUCUGACUGGACUAGAGUUGUCUUCAGCCCUGAUGGCAGUUACGUGGCAGCAGGCUCAGCUGAGGGCUCUCUCUAUGUCUGGAGUGUGCUUACAGGGAAAGUGGAGAAGGUUCUUUCAAAACAGCACAGCUCCUCCAUCAACGCGGUGGCGUGGUCUCCCUCCGGUGUUCAUGUUGUCAGUGUGGACAAAAGCAGCAAAGCUGUGCUGUGGGCACAGCCUUGAUGGCCUUUAGGAGAGGCGCAGAGACUCGCACAGCCCUGUCCUGUGGGCACAAGUCCUUCCCGAGAAGAGCUCAAGCCAUGUGGCACGGUGGCCUUCCUUGGAUGGGAAUACUGAAAAUAUUGACUCUGCUCUCUAAUGGCCUGGAAGAACCAACACUGAAACAGCCUGACCCUGCAAAUCACCUGGCUGAGGUUCGGGCUCUUGCCCUGUUGGGGUGGGAAACACUACUAGCUCUGAUCUUCCAUACCUCAUUGGGGAGCACAGGGUCCCCACUGGGUCUCCUCACUGGAUGACAGUGCCAAUGACAUCCCACAUGUCUGGGUUGGUUCCCAGCUGUGCUUCUCCCAUCCUUCCAGCGUCGGUUCUACCUGAUGCAUACCCCUCGCCUGGAGGUCCUUUGCCCAGUGGACUUGCUCUAAGCAUUGGCUUAGAGGAAACCCCAAACACGUGGUCUGGGGUUGUCACAGGGCUCUCGUGAUCUCGUCUUAUUACUGCUGAAACUUGAGGUCUCUUGACUGGUCUUCAGAACCUUGACUCCCUUCCGCUCAGUUCUUCUACGUAUCUACUUUUUGGUCAAGGAAUGAAUAUAAAUUUGGUUAAAAAUCUCUUUGAGAUAGGCAAGGACAUGUGCCAACCUUUUCCAGUGAGGCGGGUUUGUGGCAGAGUUGAAGAAUGUGCUCCUGUAUCACUCUGCAGAUGCCCAGAAGGUGGGUGCUUGCCACGUUCACACUGAUGACAAAGAAUUUAAGACCUCUGAUGUAUUUGCUCCGAAGCUGGUGGUGGUGACUCCAGCCACUGCCCUCUGCCAGUCCUGCCUGUGCUGACUUCAGAGUUCAGUGCACGAAGCCCAGUCUGGGGAGCAUGGCAGUGUAGUGUUCCCUGUUGGGCCAUGAUGAAGGCUGGGACGUUCAUCCUUACCAUUUUACCUGUGUAAGAUUUUAGUUCUGGUCUGGGUGUCCAGAACACCAUGUUUUUAUCACAUUUUAAUUUGCACUUUAUUUUAUUAUUUUUUUUUCCUUCUACACUUGUUCUCUGGACAGUUAGGGACACGAGUGCCAGAGCAGGAGGAGAAAGGAGUGAGGCAUCUUUGCUCUGACAGGUAUAUCGUCUCCAUUCUCCGUCCUUUCCCUCCUUGCGUCUUCCUUUUCGGUUUGCCAUUCAGAGAACUUGCAUUGAGGGGAGUGGAAAUUCACAGCCGGGCACAUCUUUUAUUUAUUUAUGUAUGUUGCCCAACAGAACUUGAUUGUAAAUUAAAAAAAAAAAGAAAAGAAAAACUGUUAUCUUUUCAAAUUGA